UAGUUGCCUAUAAGUGUUUUAAUGGUGCACAAGGUUAAACUUCGCAGGCAUGUUAUCAAUAGCCUUUAAUUUUGUGAAUCAAAUUAAUCUUUCUGUCUUUUUUCCCCUAAACUGAACUCUGUGUUGAAAGUGAAACCACAGUCAGAGGCCACUCCUGUGCCAAUUCAUUCCACACUGACUAAAUGAAAAAACAGCAAUGGGGAGAGGUCUCGCCGCUCAGCCAGCCGUAACCAGCCCAGAAACCAGGCCAAGGCUGGGGAUGUUUUGUGUGAUUUUUGCACCACCAGGAAGCAGAAGGCUGAGAAAUCCUGCUACGUGUGCCUGGCAUCGUACUGCGAGACACACCUGCAGUCUCAUUACGAGUACCCUGCCCUGAUGAAGCACAAGCUGGUCAAAGCCACAGGUCAGAUGAGGGAGAAGGUCUGCGCACAGCAUGAUAAGCUGCUGGAGGCUUUUUGUCGCACUGAUGAAACAUCAGUGUGUGUUUUGUGCAUGAUGGACGAACACAAGCACCACGACAUCGUACCAGCUGGAACCGAGAGGACUGAGAAACAAAAACAACUUGGAGCCACGCUGCACAACUCUCAACAGAGGAUUGACCAGAGAAUUAAAAAGUGGCAGGACCUCCGACAAGCUGUUGAAGCAGUCAAACACUCUGCUCAAACAGUCCUGGAAGAAAAUGAACGCAUCUUCACGGAGCUUCUGCUUUCCAUCGAGAGGAAGUACAAUGAAGUCAAAGAGAUGAUCCGCUCCCAUGAAAGGACCACGGUGACACGUGGUGAGAUACUGCUGGACCGCUUGGAAGAGGAGAUCACUCUGCUGAGGAAGAGACACAAUGACCUGGAUAAGCUCUCACACACUGAUGACCACAUACACUUCCUGCAGAGUUGGCAGUCCCUGUCAGGUCCCUCAGGAUACGAAGACCUCAACAACAUCAGUGUUGUUCCCAAUUACUCCUUUGAUGCGACCAAGAGGGCCAUCGCUAAACUGAAACUACAAGUGGAAGAAGUCAGCAAGGAUGAAAUGAGCAAAAUCUCAGGAGCAGUUAAGGAAGUCUAUGUCACCCAAGAGGGCGAGACAAAGACAAGGGGGGAAUCAAUUCUCAGGGAGGAGUUGAAGCCAAGAGAUGACCCAAGGACAAGGGAAGAUUUCCUACAAUAUGCUUGUCAGUUGGCUCUGGAAGUCAACAGCGUUCACCCCAACCUCUACCUCUCUGAGGGAAACCGAACAGCUACAAUGAAGAACGAACGCAAGAACUACCCAGACCACCCAGAACGAUUCGACCACUGGCAGCAGGUCUUGAGCAGGGAGAGUGUGAGUGGGUCUCGUUGUUACUGGGAAGUGGACUGGAGAGGAACAGAGAUCGACGUGGCCGUCACCUACAGGGGAAUCCGUCGCAAAGGAAAUGGCAACGAAUGCAGCCUGGGCUGGAAUGACAAGUCCUGGAGCCUGUACUGCUCCGACUCCAAAUACUCCUUCGUGCACAAUAAUAAGAGCACAGAUAUCAUGGCUCCAGUGUCACCCCGCAUCGGUGUCUACCUUGAUCAUGCUGCAGGAAUACUUGAGUUUUACAGUGUUUCGAGUGGCAUGCAGCUUCUGCAAAGAGUCCAGACUAUAUUUACUGAACCCCUCUACCCUGCCUUCAGUGUUUGGGGCUUUGGCACCACCAUAAGGCUGUAGUGGAUUUGCCUUUGUCCUGAGAAGUGCCAUCAAAUUACAAAAUAAUCUCACUGAUUCUGUGAAAUUUGAAACAAGUAAUAUUACUUGGUCCUGUCUGUUUUACCGUCCCUUUUAGUAUUUUUCACAACUCAGCUUUUAAAUAUUGUAUACAUCCUUCAUAGAAAUCAAACAUAUAUUUUUUGUUAUUUGUAUUACUGCUUUUUGUUUUGAAGCAACUUAAUUUGAAGAGAUCUUCACAAAAUGUGUCUGUACCAAGUAGGACAGUUGAUGUGUGUAAUGUUUUUUGAUAUAGUGUCAUGAUGUAUUGUUUGUUUCCUCUGUUAUGCUAAAAUACUUUUGAUUUUUA